AUGUCAUUGGAUGAAUGGAAAUCUAUGAUGGACCAAAAUAGGCCAAAAACUGAAUUCAAUCUCCGCAAACCUGAAGUUUCUGUCCCUUCUAAAGCUGUGGUGAUCCACAAGUCUAAAUUUGCUAAUAAUAUAAAUGAUGAUGAAGAUUGCCAUGUUGGCUUCCGCAAACCUGUAAAUGAUAUUACAUGCCAGCUGGAGAUCAAUUUUGGAAACCUACCUCGACCAGGCCGUGGUGGAAGAGGUGGAGGACGAGGCCGUGUUAAAAGAGAAGAGGCAUUUACACUUGAAGGCCUAAAGGUGAAUGACUUUUCUCUGAAUCCAGAAGAUCCUGACCAUUUUCCUGCUUUGUGUUAG